AUUUAACGAAACCAUAACAAGGUCAAGGUAAAGGUUGCAAUCUUCAAAGAUGUCUGCGUCCACGAAUGAUUCUCCCAAACAAAUUGGGAAGGGAAUUAAGUUUCUCUUCGGCGGAACUGCAGGCAUGGCUGCUACUAUCUUUGUCCAGCCACUUGAUCUGGUAAAGAACAGGAUGCAGCUGAGUGGUGAGGGUGGUGGUAAGAAAGCCUAUAAGACGAGCUUCCAUGCUCUGUCAUCCAUCUUGAGGAACGAGGGAGUCACAGGAAUUUACACAGGUUUAUCAGCAGGUCUGCUACGACAAGCCACAUACACCACCACUAGAUUGGGUAUAUACAUGACCCUUUUCGACUUUUUUUCAAAAGAUGGGAAGCCACCAAACUUCAUCACAAAGGCAUUUUUAGGUGUUACUGCAGGAGGCAUUGGUGCUUUCGUUGGAACCCCUGCUGAGGUAGCCCUUAUACGUAUGACAGCAGAUGGAAGAUUGCCUGCAGACCAGAGGAGAGGCUACACAAGUGUGUUCAAUGCUCUUGCUAGGAUUGUUCGUGAGGAGGGUUUAGUUACACUAUGGAGGGGCUGUAUUCCCACAGUGGGCCGUGCCAUGGUAGUCAAUGCUGCCCAGUUGGCCUCCUAUUCACAAGCCAAGCAGAUUCUUGUAUCAACAGGGCAUUUCUCUGACGGCCUCUUCUUGCACUUUGUGGCCAGCAUGAUCAGUGGUCUCAUUACAACUGCUGCCUCUAUGCCUGUGGACAUUGCAAAGACAAGAAUACAGAACAUGAAGAUGAUAGAUGGCAAACCAGAAUACAAGGGGGCUGUGGACGUACUGACGAAAGUGAUCCGCAACGAAGGCUUUUUCAGCCUGUGGAAGGGCUUCACGCCGUACUACGCCCGACUGGGGCCCCACACCGUCCUCACAUUCAUCUUCCUGGAACAGAUGAACAAGGCCUAUCGUCGCUUUGUGCUCAAGGACAACUCAUCAGGCGGUGGAUUGUAAUUGGUACUUCCUCCUCGCCGUUGGUGCUGUUGUUGGAACGGACGCAGACCUUCCACACAUGGUCCAGCCUUUCUUCCUUAACAGACUCAUAUUUGUUUAUUUCUUUUUUUUCUAUUUCACAGAAUUGAUUCACUUACAUUCAGAUUUUUGAGGAGUAGUUCAAGUACGUUUUUAGACUGCCAAAUAUUCUGACGUCACGAAAGUCUGCUGAUUUUCCUGAAUGUUUUUUAUUAAUCUUACUGUAUAUGUCCUGCUUUGUGGGUGUAAGGCUGACACUCUCUUCUUUUGAUGCACUUUGUCGAGCUCCAAAAAUUACAUCCUAUUAUUUUGUAGACUGUUAGCAAAUUCUUCUCAAUUUGCUUUUUUCUCUGCGUCUCUCCUGACUUUGCCGUUCCUCUUUACUGAACGACUUCUUUGAAUAUGUCCCCCGUCUCAAGCAGUAAACCUAGCUCAUUAAAAAAAUGUUAGCAUUUUUAAUUUUAAUUUUUUUUUAAUGAUUAUUUGAUCUUGUUUUAGAAUGAUUUGUGGUCGUUUUAGAUUGACUGCUUAAUCACCCUUACCGUAGCGUCCUCAGAAUUGAGAAGCGAUUACUUUUUGUUUUUUAUCAGUUGCUUCCCUGUACUUUCGUGCACGGGAAGUGUUUUCUUUCUUAUUCUUUCCUAGUCUGGGAUCUGCCUUUGGGUACUGUAAUGGCAACUGAACUGGCCUCCAUCUUAGAUCUGUUUGCAACAGGGCUAUAGUAUUAAACUGAGUCAACUAAUGUCAGAAGGAUUUUAUUUUCAGUUUUGAAAUGAUUGCCUUUUCCAUCUUGCUGAGCAGGUAAAUUUUUGUCAUUUUUCUUUGCUAAAAUGUUGUACUGUAAAAGCCGAACAGCUGUCUUGCUGAGGGAGUAGAUAACUGUUCCCUUGAUUGCAUUCAUUGUGGUUCUGAAGAUGAUAUUUUGUAUUGUAUUUGAAGCCUUCUGUGAAGGAGGGUUAUUAUGAAAUGUAGAAAGGCUUUCCCUGUGUGGUUUGUUUCUGUUGUCUGCUUUUGUGAAGAGAUUAUGCAGGGCUCUUGGAUUGGACUGUGAUCACCUCAGUGUAUAAAGAGUGUGAAAUUAGCCCUUCAUGUAUUUACAUUAGACCAGUUGUUUUUCAGCAUUGCAUCUUUUGUUUCAGCUUUGUUUCAAAUAAAGAUUAAUUGUUAUGAGUGGAAAUUGCUACCUGCAUUUCUGUUUUUCAGAUAUAAAAUUUUGCCAGAGGGACAUGAGAUAAUGAAUAGACUGGCUUACAAAAUCAAACAAAACUACCGAAAAAUUUUAACGAAAAGCUUUCAGGGUUGCUUGCUUUGCAAUUGUUUCGGUUAUGUGUUAUGUUUAUGAUGCUUACACUCCCUUAUUUUGUGUAUGCUCGUGAACAUCAGGCCAAAAUGAGUGUUGCUAUUGAGUGUAGAUCAUAAAUUGUACUUAGGGUUUUGAACAGUAGUUACGUUGCUCUUGGGUUGUUUUAUUUUGUUUGUAACAUUUUUGUUGUUUGAAAACAGUAGGCUACUCCCAAGUUUUUGCAAAUUAGUAGAGCCAAAUGAAAAUAUGCAUUAUGACAAAUGUUUUUGUAGCUCUGCAAAGGGCAGGUUGUUGUUUUUUUUGCGUUUAGAUUAGCUGAUUUCUUGGGGAUUUUGUUUCCUCUUACAAUUAGAUGUGAACUAGAAUUUUUUUUUUCUGUGUCAGCAUGAUUUGGUGAAGAUUUUUUUUUCGCAUCAAGAGGUUAAUUUAUGCAUACAUGGCUGUCUGCCUUUAUGCUGGGGAUGUCUUUCAUCUUUACCGUGUGUGUUUAUGGGUUUGGAAAUAGAAGUGUGUUUGUUGGUUUGGAAAUAGAAGUGUGUUUGUGAGUUUGGAAAUAGAAGUGUGUUUGUGAGUUUGGAAAUAGUAUAUUGUGUAAACAUCUAUGGAGGCCCUUUAUUACUGCUGGCCAUUUUGUAGUGGAAAUGGGAAAAUUGGAAAAUGUUUCCUCUUUUUUGUUCCCGUGUUCCUGUCUCCUCUCACUACACCCCUCUCCACCCCAAUCCCACCCCCUUGUCUAAUGCCAUAUAUUGUUUGGUCAGAUGUUGUGUCAUUUACAGAUCUACUAAAGAAAAAAAAAGAGAGUGAAUAGAUGAUGUUGUGCAGCAACUGGUUUAGCUAAUGUGAUGACUGCUGUGAGGUGCAUGCAGCUCAUUAGGUUUUGCGUGUGUUGUUACUUGUAAGCAAUGCACAGAUAUGUGCACCUUAGCAUACUCAUGUUGAUGAUAGUUGUUGCCAUAAAAUUUGGUUUAAGAUCUUUGUUCAUUUCCAAGCUUGUUUUCGAUUGCGAUGAGUGAGACAUGUACGUUGUUGUGAAACCAUUGAGAAGUAUCAUCUGAAGUUAGUGGAAAAAGGUAUGGAAUCAUGGAAAAAUGUCUGCCUGUCACUCUUCUAAUGAAGUAAACUUUCAAAUGCUCAAUUGAUAAAAGAAACGCGGUGAUAAAUAUUUGAGAUUAGUUUAGGUUUCAAACUGUGCAAAAGUUGCAUGAAAUUUUUAUGGUGGUCUUCCAAAUAAACAUUUUUUUUUUCUUUUCUAAUGGUAAAGAUCAUUUUCCCGCAUAAUAUCUGAAUAGAGUGUAACCUGCUGGAUACACUUGGCUGUGGUAUAUUGAGGAAUUUUACAGUUACUGUCUUUGGCUGUUCAUUUUCUUUUUCCCUGACGUUUUCAAUAAUUUUCUGAUAGUUGAUAUUACUGUGCUUAGUGUAUUACUUUUGUGCAGAGAAUGUUUAUGUGGCUUGAGAUUGAGUUAAGUGAUAUAGCAUAACUUGUGAAACAAACCAUAGACCCUCCUCUGCUUGAAUGGAAGUAAGAGCUAGGUGUUUUACUUUUACACAGUACCCCACAGUACACCAGCUUGACACUAGGAAACGUCUUAUUUCUCAAAUGUUUGUUUUUCUAAACAAAUCAAAAACUGUUUACUUUGGCAGUAGCUAUUGUUUUGCUUGAUUUAGUCACCUUUAGAGUUGUGUGUAUGUGUUGUUCAUACCCUCUUUUAACCUUUAGGAUCCUGUGAGUGGCCUCAUUCUUUUGAGGGCAAGGAUAUGAAUGUUUAAUGUCAAGGAAUCUGGAUUUCAUGCAGUAUUAUAUCUGGGGGAAGAUCUGAUCUCAUCACAACCUUCUAGCUCAAGACAGUCUCAUAGACUCCUUGUGUUUCUUCAGUGUCUACUGUGUUUUUGACAGCUGUUGAGUGAAGUUGACUACAAAAGUGAUAGAGACUUAAUGUGUUUUAAGUAUUCACCUCUCAGAUCACCUAAUGUUUCUGCAUCUGAAUGAUGUGUUCUUGUAAAAGUAUUUAUGUCAAGUAUUGCAUUAGUGACAUAAUCACAAAGCACAAGUUUAUGGAAUUACAUGGUUCUUUUAUUUAGUACAAACCAAUGUGUUUCCUUUAAGAGACUGUACAUGUGAGGCAUCACAGUGAAAUCAGGCACUCGUCAAAUAAUGAAAUUGAAGAAGUCUGCAUUUUUUUGGCCGAUGGGCAAUUUUUCUUUUUUUUUUGGACUGAACACCUUUUCCAUCCAUUUAAAAAUACAAUUUUGUGUGGAUUUUUACUGAAAAACAUUUUUAAAGGCACAAAAAUGUAAAUUUUCAGUUUCCAAGAACGACUCUCAGGCCAUGGAAGUUACCGAACUUGGCGGCCAUUUUCUCACUAAUUUUACCUCCGAAAUCCGGCGACCCUGACCUCCUUCAAUCGCAAAUAUCUAGACUUCAAUUCCACACAGAUGGAUAUUUUUUUCACCAAAAGGAAGUCAAAUGAACAGGCUUUAAGAUGAUAACAAUAACCCCAUAUGCCCAAAAACUGACGAGCCACUGAUUCCAGCGCGUCAUGACACAUAUUUCUUUUUGCUCUUUAGUCACAAGUAUUGUUCAAGGUGAGAAAAUAAUUUUUGUGAAAACUGCAUCAACUCUUCUUUGUUUUAGCAAUUGGAGAAAGAUCUUUUCUCAUAUUCAGUGGAAUACCUUGAUUUUCUCUCUGUAAAGUGUUCCGUGUUUUUAAAAAAAAGGAUACGCCAAUUUUCAGUGGUGAUCAUGAAUAGGUCACUGUUUUGCUUGUUAGAAGUGUGUUCAUCUGUUCUUUUAAUUGUGUAUAAACUAUUUUACUUGGAGCAAUGCUCUGACCCUGAACGGUCCUGUUCUCUGGCCAGAAACAUAUCAGGCUCUAUGAUCUGUGAUUAUUUGUAAUAAAGCAUAAAUAAUUGGAUUUGAUUUUAUGUGAAAUGAAGUCUAUCCAACGUUUACUUACAGUUUUUCGUCUGUGUUCAUCUCGAUAGUUUAUACAUCACACCAUGGCGUUUUUUUCUCUCCCCCCCCCCUCCCAAUCCUUUUUAUUUUGAAUGGCCUCUUUGGUUCAGGGUGGUGCAAAAAUCACUUUCCAUAUCAAAUGUCAAAAUUAAUUUGAUUCUAUGUAGCUGAAAGUGGAAGGCAUUCCCACAAUGUUUACCGUAACAUUGAGAGGAAAAGUAUGAUGCUGCAAUGACAUCAACAAACUAACCUUUGAAUUCUCUUGUGAGGAGUGAACCAACGUGGGUGAACCUAGUAACAGUCAUGUCAAACUUCCCAUCCCGUAACAUCUGUUCUACUGUUUUUGUAUUUAAAAUUAGUUCCCAGGCCCAUAAGCUAAAUACUCAUGUGUAUAUAUAUUAUGUCCCAGGCCCAUAAGCUAAAUACUCAUGUGUAUAUAUAUUAUGUUUGUGUAGCCUCGCACAUGAACAGUAUCUCAAGCAAAAAAAUUCACUCUUUUUCCUUUAGUGUUAUCUGACCUGUAACUGGAAAGUGACUUUAGCUCCACCCUGUAAAAAAUCUGGCUUUGUCUGUCAUAAUAACACUGUGAAAAAUGUAACUGCAAAUCCAUUUCUUGUAUUUGAAAGUGAGUAUUUGAUUUAUGAUUGUUUUUGUGGGUAUUUUAGCUUUGUUGACUUUUCAGGUCUAGAUCUAUAGCUCGUGACUUGUGUGUGAAGUAAGAAUAUACAUUUUUUUUUUAAAGGGCAUAGCCAGAACUUAUAAGUAACAAACUUUCUGGGAUCAAGAAUGAGUUCUGUUUGCGCACAGUCUGGUAUGUUAUCCUUUGAGGUCUGUCGAGUUAGUGGCUGACUGUUGAGACCUGCCUUGGAUGGUAACCUUUGGAUAAAGUGAAUGAAUUAGAAUUUGUCUCAUACUUAUCAUUACAAUACUUGGAAGUAUUAAUUGCUGUUUGUCAGCCAACUUGGGGUAGAGAGCAAAAUGAUGCAGACAUCAUCAGAUUUUAAUAUAUAGCCAGUUCUAAUAGAUCUGUUCCCUUGAAGAACCGUAAGGGUGGGACAGGUUUCCCAGAGGUGUACUUUGGAAAUUUUUACCUAUUUUCAUAUCUGUCCUCUCUAAAUAUUUUUAUCAAAAUGUGAGAUAUAAAAAAAGGUUUUUGUGCGGAAAGGAAUAUUGUUUGAGACUCCUUAGGUUUGAAUGUUUCAUUUCACUAUGAGAGUUAGACAGUUGCUGGCUAUGAAUAUAUGUAAAUGUUCUCUGAAGAAUAAAGACUGUUAUACUAGCACCUAA